AUGCCUGGGAGGCAAUGGUUCAGCAGAGGUAACCAAGAAAAGCCCCAGCAGGCGCCUCAGGCUGUAGUUUUGCUGGCUUGGCUUAGCCAUAACCCCACCCACAUCAUUUGGCCGUCAGUCUUUUUUCAACUGAUCACCUGCACUUGGAGCUGGCUGCGGCCAGGAACUACAGAAAGGAUGAAUCAGCAGGGGCCAGCCGGGCCCUUUACUCAGAGGGCAGGGGUUGUUAACUUACCCAUAUCAGCACCGUUCAUAAAAAACAGAAUUGAUGCAACAUUCCAACUAGACCAGAAUUUUAUCCUACUUCAGAUCCAAGGAACAUUUGGUGCAAAAAUAGGAUCGUCUCCUCCCAUGCCAGCCUUGGAAGAUUAUGGGCAAAGGGGUGCUGGUGAGCGGAGGCAGCGGCAGCAGCAGCAGCAAUUCAUCCACAAGAAGCUUGGCUACAGGGGGAAGAUGCUGACAGGAAAGGAAAUUGAGAUUGACGUUGAACCCACAGACAAGGUGGAACGGAUCAAGGAGCGAGUAGAAGAGAAAGAAGGAAUUCCUCCACAGAAGCAGCGACUCAUCUACAGUGGCAAACAGAUGAACGACAAGAAGACAGCUGCUGAUUGCAAGAUCCAGGAAGGUUCAGUCCUCCAUUUGGUGUUGCCUCUUCGUGGGGGAGGUGGCCUUGGGCAGUGAUGGACCUCCCUCUACUUUAUUCCCUUACCCCAUCACUUAUAAUGAUGCGCCAUACACCCUUCCACUUCCUGGAACAACAGAACCACCACCUCCUCCCCAGGACAGAUACCCAGGUGUUUCUGUCUGUCGCUGGGAGGUCUGUGAGGACCCCAGAGUGCAGCCCUCUGGGCCUGCAGGGCCCUUUGCUAGCUGUUGGUUUUUAGUUUGUGAUCUCGCCUGCCCCUUCCCUCAUGGCUGUGUCUUGGUUGUUAAUAAAGACUUUUCCCAGCCUCCUGGAA